GAGCGGGUCGUUCCAGCGUGGUGACGUCACCAAGGAGCUCCAAGGACGCGCCUAGCAACCAAGGGAUGGAACUUUGCGGGUGGACGCCCAGGGCUCCUCUCGUUGCCAUGGCGACAGAAACGCGACGCCCUCCGGCGCUCUGGAGCCGCCCAGCGGGGCCUUGAACCCGGCUUCAUGUCUUGGCCUGUAGUCGGAGUCGUUGUGUGGACCCUGGUCCUGUGGCUCUACAAUGGGGCCAGCUAUGGACUGGAUUCCCAUGAGUCAUUUGACAAUAAAACAGUUUCAAAACUGGAUGACACUGAAGAGACAAAAACUACUGGAGAGACAGGACCCAUCUUUGUCCACAUUGGAACCAAGGAAAUCACUAUACCUUGCAAGCCUGCAAAGUCUGCUGUGGCAUUUGGUUUGAAUCCCACCUACAAUUGGACCAAAGAAAAUGGAGGAGUCCAUUUUCUUUCUGACGAUGCUACCCUGACUAUACAUGCAUUUAGUGCUGAGGAUAGUGGACGCUACGUCUGUACCAUAUCCUACAUUAAAGAUGGCGAACUCAAUACCAAGGUUUUCUAUCACACAGUGGCAGGCUAUCAUAUACGUGGAGAGCUGCAGGUCCUCAUGGUUUAUGAGACCAACACCUGUGAUGAUGAAUUGACUGGCAAAUUUUUGAAGACUCUGCAUGAACAUCUGAAUAAAGUGGUGUCUGACUUCAAUGCUAAUAUCCUUCUUGGGGACAUCACUUGCUUCCCAACUUUGGAUAAACCCACAGAUCAAUUCAACCUCCAGGUAGAGCUAAAAGUGUCUCCCUUCAAGGAGGGCUGGGAUGAGUCCUGUGACCCCAAGGCGGAUGAUCUGGCAAUAGAAUGUUACCAUACAGCUAUCCAUACCAAUCUGCAGAAGGCCAAAGAAGCCCUCACAGAGUUCCUGAAUGACAACAAAUACUUCCCUGUGGGAGACUCACUAGCUUCCAAUACUACCUUUAACAAUACCUUCUUCAACUUCCUGGAGGGUGGAAAAUGCCAGAACGGUUACGGACAGACACAGGAGCUAGAGACACACUGUCCCGACUGCUGUAUGUUGUGCCCUCCUGGGACAUACAGCGAGGCCACAGUUGACAACUGUGUUCUUUGUCCAUUGGGGAGCUACAGCCUGCACUAUGGAUCAACUGCCUGUAUUCAGUGCCAGCACAACCUGCUUACUUCAGAGCCUGGUGCCAGCAGAGCUGAAGACUGCUUGAGUUUAAGAGUCCAUUCAUCACACCGGAUUUCCUUACUGGUGGUAGCCUUUUCCUUACCACCACUUUUGUGCUUCUGCUUCAUUGUGUUUUUUUGCUAUUGCUUUCGUCGUUACUGGCAGAAAAAAAGUCUUUUCACUGCAAAAGAAGAGAUGGAACAGGAGGAAGACCUCCCAGCCCUUCUAGACACACAAGAACAAGAACAUGGCAGUCCCAUGCUACCUGCUAAUCUGGAGUAUAUUGAUAAGGCAGCAGCCAUGUUUUCACCUUAUGGCGACAAAGCAACGGUGCUUCAAUCCCCUGCAAUUGAAGCAGCCACAUAUUCACCUCCUGGCAGCAAAGCAGACAUAGUAUCCCCUGCUGGAAUUGAGGCAGGCACGUUAUCACCUGACAUCAAAGCAGCCACAGCAUCACCUCCUGUAUAUGAAGCAGCUGUAGUAUCACCACCUGGAAAUGAAGCAGCCUUAUAUUCACCUUCUCGUGAUGAAGCUGCUGUGGUUUCACCUUCUGCUAAAGGUAGUGCCCUUCUGACACCUAAAGUAGAAGAAUCUCCUGUGAUGACUCCUAGUACAGAGUAUCCUUCUAUCAAAGAAGAAGUUGAAACUUCGCCUCCUAGUGGGGACGAAGAACCUCCUCAGGAUAACAGCCCAGAAGGAGCUCUAGAAGGAGAAGAAUCUGUUAAUAUGGAAAACAUUGAGUUCCCACCGUCUUCACCUGCCUCUGUAGAAAGUGCAUGAAUCCCAGUAAAUUGUUGUUUUCCAAGCAA